AUGAUUGAAAGAAAUUUGAUCGGAUUUGACCAUGUUGGUUCCUAUGGAUAUACUAAAAAUGCGACUUCGGGAAACUAUAAGGAAAUGUGAGUUUGGGAUAGUUUUUUUUUGAUUUGUCGUUCCCCCGCAACAACGGCGGCUUCACCCGCAGCCAUUGCGGCUCUACUUCAAUUCUUGCCGGCACUUGCGGGAUUUUUCCCGAGUUGUGAUAGAAAAAUUUGAUUUUGUUAGUUUUCACUGUUUUCUAAAAAUUAUUUGUGUUCCGACUUUCAGAAUUCAUUCGAUUUUUAUUUAAAAAAUACAAAAAAAGGUUCUCCCCGGCCGGGAAUUGAACCCGGGUCUCGCACGUGACAGACGCGGAUACAUGUUUGAGCGUCGGCUAAAAUGCCAAUAAGAAAUUGAUUGUGACGUAGGAUAGAUAGAGAAAAUUAUGUAGAUACUGGAAGUACAUAUUUACAGAUUCGUUAUUUUUCCAGGUUCAAUGUGACAAUCAAUGUUGCACCGAAGAAAUUGAAUCAAUCAAUAGUGCCAACAGAUAUAAAUUCGAAAAUAAUCUACAAACCGGAAAACUAUAUUGAUCUCAGCGAAGGCAUCGAAACAUUUCAAGACGACGGUGGCAAUGAAAAACUUGAAACAAUUCUUCAAUUCAUCGAGCAAAUGGAUUCGAACGAGAAAAAUCUUCGAAAACGCAUCGAUUCAGAUUUUAUUUGUAAUCGAGGACUUCUCAAGCUCAUUGCCCUGUCAUUUAACAAAUUUUUGUCUCUGGACACUGUCGAAUUCCGUGCGAUUCGGAAGAAAAAUGUGAUUUUUAUGUGCUUCACUAGCCAUGGCGAGGAAUAGUGAGUUUUUGAUUAACAUAAGGUCAAAAUAACAUAAAAUAUUUACAGUGAUCAAAUGUUUAGAAAAACCUUGCAUUUGGCAACAAAAUUCGAAAAUUGUAUGAUAGAAGAUGAGGAGAACAGUCAAGUAACAUGCCGCUCAAAAAUUAAAGUAGAAAUCGAUUGAAAAUCCGAAAAACCUGGAAGAAAAUCAACGUUUUUUCAAGUUCUGAAAUUGACGCGGUUGAUAAAGGUUUGCUUCUCAGCACUUGACUCUGUAGACUGACUGUACAAAUUUCGUUGAUACUUUGUACAAAAAUGGGGAAGAGAGAAUUGCUCAUAAGUAACAUCCGUUUAUCUACAAAGUAGCUACAGAACAGCAACGGCGUAGCUACGGAUUCAAAAAUAAUAUAGAGCGGUCACUUCACUUUAUUUCUGUCCGCGAAUUGUGUAGCUUCAUCGGAGAUACGCUGUACGUACGUUUUCAUCUCUGAUUGUGCGACGGUAGGCAGCUCUCGUCAGGAUUUAAGGUGUGGGUAUCAACUAUUUGGCAUCUGCGUAGCUACGAAUUUGAUUCUUUUGAUAGCUACGCUGUAGAUAAAAUGAACCUACGAUUUUUGGGAAAAGUGUAGGUACAGCGUUUAUCCGCUGUAUUCACACUUCUUCAAUUUGUACAGUCAGUCUACGGAGUCAAUUGCUGAGUUAUCAUUGAUUUCGUCAAAAACAAUAUUUUUUGCAGAAAACAAUUUGAUUGAGAUCAAGCUUCUUAAAAAUGGUCGAAAUGAAAAGUGGCAAAAACAUCGUGCAUUGAGUGUUUAUCUUCAAGUUUACCUCUCCAAUACUCAUUUGUUUUUAUUUGGUUAUCGAUUAAAUGAAAAUUAUGAGGAGACCAAAGGAAAAGGUGUAGGAUAUGAAGAUCCAGGAACAUACAAAGUUCAUCAGGUUCUUAUAUUAUUUUGAAUUUUGUGUCAUAUAGAAAACAAAACAUUUCAGAUCGAAUUGAUUGAACGAGACAAUGUCUAUUGCAAACCAAAAACUGUUGAUGACUCCAUUUGUUUUCUCUACGACACGUUGUCACAUAUCCAAAAAAUGUUGUAUGAAAAUGAUUUGGCGAUUUAUGUCAAGCAAAGUGCUAGAGCAAAGUUUCGCUUUGAAUAUAUCAGUUCCGAAGAUUGCGAAUUUGUUCCAGAAGAGUUUAUCGAAAAAUUUGAAUAA